UGUGGUUUGUCGUGCUUUUUUAAGUAUAAGUAAAAUAAACGGAUUAAGGCGGAAUCGACAACUUUGAACAUGUUAUUUUAAGUUUUCUUGACAGCAAAAGGAAGGAGGGAGUGGAUUGUUAUCCGUUUUGGACCGAAGUAUUUUCACUGAGGAGCAUUUGGUCUCCGAUAAGAACACCUUGCAAGUUGGGAAUUUGGAACUAUGACAACUAAAACCUCUCCUAUCCUUAAAUGGGACCCUAAAAGUUUGGAAAUAAGGACUUUAACAGUGGAGCGAUUGCUGGAGCCACUGGUUACACAGGUGACUACCUUAGUGAAUACAAGCAACAAGGGUCCAUCCAGCAAAAAGAAGGGUCGGUCUAAGAAGGCACAUGUGCUAGCAGCAUCAGUAGAACAAGCAACUCAAAACUUCCUGGAGAAAGGAGAACAGAUUGCCAAAGAGAGCCAUGACCUUAAAGAAGAGCUGAUUGCUGCUGUAGAAGAUGUCCGUAAACAAGGUGAAACAAUGAGAGUUGCCUCAUCUGAGUUUGCAGAUGAUCCCUGUUCUUCAGUGAAACGUGGAACCAUGGUUAGAGCAGCUCGAGCGUUGCUGUCUGCUGUGACUCGUCUUCUAAUUCUGGCUGAUAUGGCUGAUGUCAUGAGGCUUCUUGCACACCUAAAGAUUGUGGAAGAAGCAUUGGAAUCUGUGAAAAAUGCCACAAAUGAGCAAGACCUGGCACAUCGUUUCAAAGAGUUUGGGAAAGAAAUGGUUAAGUUGAAUUAUGUCGCUGCUAGAAGGCAACAGGAACUGAAGGAUCCCCACUGCAGAGAUGAAAUGGCAGCAGCUAGAGGAGCCCUAAAAAAGAAUGCUACCAUGUUAUACACAGCCUCUCAGGCAUUCCUCCGUCAUCCAGAUGUAGCUGCAACUAGAGCUAACAGAGACUAUGUCUUCAAGCAAGUACAAGAAGCCAUUGCAGGAAUAUCCAGUGCAGCCCAGGCAACCUCUCCAACUGACGAGAAACAUGGGCAUGCUGGCAUCGGAGAGCUUGCAGCAGCAUUGAAUGAGUUUGAUAGCAAGAUAAUUUUAGAUCCUAUGACUUUCAGUGAAGCAAGAUUUAGACCGUCUCUGGAGGAGAGAUUGGAGAGCAUCAUCAGUGGAGCGGCACUGAUGGCAGAUUCUUCAUGCACACGAGAUGACCGGCGUGAGAGGAUUGUAGCUGAGUGCAAUGCUGUUCGACAAGCCCUACAAGAUCUCCUUACUGAGUACAUGAAUAAUGUACAACAGCUAAGGUACACCAAUGGAGUGGCAGUUGAUAUUUCUUACAUUGGAAGGGAGCAGGAGUAUUGA